CGCUAUGUGCACACUUGGAGUCAUAUUUAGGAGGUUGUCGUUGUCUUCCGCUCAACGAAAUGUUCUUUUGCGAUGUCCGGUGAAGGAUCAACAGUCCGCACGCAGAGGAAUAGCGGUUGCUGUAGGCGUCGCGGCUGGAGGAGCGGUUGUUUAUUAUUAUUAUUAUUAUUCACAAAUGAACGGAUCCAGAGGGAGGAAAUCCCAUAUUAACCGAACAGACUGUCGGGCUCUGCUGCCUUCACUGCCCGCUGUAGCCGCCAAGGAGAAGGCACAAACAUUUGAUUUUGACGAAAUUGAUGUGCAUAUGUCAUCUCAUGAGCAUCGCUUCCGUCUCUUCAGCUCAGUGGAGUACGAGGGGCAGCUGUACAUGACUCCUCAGAACUUCAUUGAGUCAGUCACCAUGAGUGAGCCCCGCAACAAGAAACAGUGGAGGUCCCUCAACAAACAGGAGCUGGAGAAGAUCUUGUCCGACACUCCACCAGUGUGGAAAGGAACAUCCAAGUUGUUCCGGAACCUUCGGGAAAAAGGCAUCAUCGCUUACACGGAAUAUCUCUUUCUGCUCUGCAUUCUGACAAAACCUCAUGCAGGCUUUAAGAUCGCCUUUAACAUGUUCGAUGCUGACGGUAACCAGAUGGUGGAUAAACGGGAGUUUCUUGUGCUUCAGGAAAUCUUCCGCAAGAAAAAUGAGAAGAAAGGAAGGAAAGGGGAUGCAGAGAAAACCGCUCAACUGAGUAUGCAGCUCUAUGGAUAUCAGGUUGCCCCAGUGAACAGCGUGCUAAAAAAAGACAGUCAGGAGUUUGUGCCCAGGAGCUACUGGGACAUGCUGAGACGUGGCGCGAGCCAAGCCCUCUUUUCUGACCUGGCAGAGCGUGCUGAUGAAAACAUGAUGAUUGACACCACUCUGCUUGUGCACUUCUUUGGCAAGAAGGGAAAGGCAGAGCUAACAUUUGAUGACUUCUACAGAUUCAUGGAUAAUCUGCAGACUGAGAUGUUGGAGAUUGAGUUCCUGACCUAUUCUAAAGGCAUGACCACCAUCAGUGAGGAAGACUUUGCCCGAAUCUUGUUGCGAUACACUAAUGUAGAGGAUAUCCGCAGCUAUCUGGAGAAUGUGCGUCAGUGCAUACCUGAUGAAAAGGGCAUCACCUUUGAUGAGUUUAGGUCUUUCUUUCAAUUCCUCAAUAACCUUGAAGACUUUGCCAUUGCCAUGCAGAUGUACAACUUUGCUUGCCGUUCCAUUGGACAAGAUGAGUUUGCACGGGCGGUGUAUGUCGCCACAGGCCUAAAGCUGACCCGUCACCUGGUUAACACCAUCUUUAAGAUCUUUGAUGUGGAUCAUGAUGAUCAGCUUAGUUACAAAGAGUUCAUCGGUAUCAUGAAGGACCGGCUUCACCGUGGAGGCAGGGGUUACAAGACUGUAGAGCGUUUUACUUCCUUUAGGUCAUGUCUGAAGAAGGAACUGGCUGGCAGCAGGUGAAUGAGGGACCUGGAUUUUCUCACAAAGAAACAGAUUUGUCUGCUGGAAACGUAGAGAGAAGGCAUUUUGCUAGAGGUUCCAUUGAUCUACCUCUUCCUCUUCUCAUCCUCUUCUGAUCUGGAAACCUGGUGAAACUGUGUCCCUGCAAUCAGCGCUAUGCACUGCAUGUUCUGUACCAGCAUAGCCCUGCUUGGUUGAACUCUACGAAUUGUAGUGCUUCUGUAAUCUCAUAUAAUCUUGUUUGCAUGUGCCUGGAGUAACCUCUGCCUUGUAACUGAAUUGUUUAUCUAGUUCAAAUUCAUACAUUUUGUGUUUUAAAGUCACACAUACUGUAGAUGCCUAGAAAGGGUAGCAUUCAUGCAUUUUUUUAGAUAAAUAUAUAAGUUAAGUUACUUUUUACUAAUCUUUUAAUCAUUAUAUUUCCAUUAUUAUUUAUGCUUUGUAUCUUAUAUUAUAAUACUAAAUACAAAGAAUCAUAAUUUUUACUUUGCUACUUACCAAUAUUUUAAUGUACUGAAUUAUACUGUGUAUAAAUGGAGAUAAUUGAUGGUGUUUGGGUUUGUUAGCGGGCUAUGUGUAAUAUUAACUCAUUUAUCACUUUAUUAGGAACACCUGUACACCUACUUAUUCAUGCGAUUAUCUAAUCACCCAAUCGUCUGGCAGCAGUGCAAUGCAUAAAAUCAUGCAGAUAUGGGUCUGGAGCUUCAGUUAAUAUUCACAUCAACCAUCAGAAUAGGGAAAAAAUUGUUUCUUAGUGAUUUCAACCAUGGCAUGAUUGCUGGUGGCACACAGGCUGGAAGUGAGUUUUUCUGUAACUACUGUUCUAAUGGGAUUUUCAUGAACAAUAGUCUCAAAACAUCCCAAAAACAAAAAACAUCCAGUCAUCAGACGGAAGUUAAACGAGAAUGGCCAGACUGGUUCGAGCUGACAGAAAGGCUACUGUAAUUCUGUACAAUUGUAGUGAGCAGAAUAGAAUCUCAAAAUGCACAACACGUUGAACCUUGAGGUUUAUGGGCUACAACAGCAGAAGACUACGUUGGGUUCUCCUUCUGUCAGUCAAGAACAGAGAGCUGAGGCUGCAGUGGGCGCAGGCUCACCAAAACUGGACAUUUGAAGACUGGAAAAAGCAGCCUUGACUGAUGAAUCUCAAUAUCUGCUGAGGCACACAGAUCGUAGGGUCAGAAUUUGGCACCAACAUCAUGAAUCCAUGGACCCAACCUGCCUUGUGUAAACAGUCCAGGCUGGUGGCGGUGGUGUUAUGAUGUGGGGAAUAUUGGUGUGGGAAUUGAGUAUUUUUGCUGACCAUGUGCAUCCCUUAAUGGCCACAAUUUAUCCAUCUUAUAAUGGCUACUUCUAUCAGGAAGACUCGCAGACUUGACCUAAAUUUAAGAUGACAUUUAUAUGAUGAAUAUAAUACAGAAAAGUAAUGUCUCUCUUUGGCCUAGGCCCCAUCAGGCGGUCCGAAGUAGUUGUUCUCGGAACCGUCAUAUCCUGCCGGAGAUAGGAGGCAGGGGCGAGGAGUAUACCCCCGUGCAGUCUCAACUGGUGGUGGUGGAGGUUGCCAUGUUAGCACACUGAAACAGCAAUGUGAUAGAUUGUGAGCAGACUUAUAAUGCAAUGGCUUACAUGUGAUUGGCUAGGAAUUACCCAGCUAAUGGUCCGAAGAUGUAUGGCUGCUAUUCUUCCCGCUAGAACUACGCUGCGCUUACCUUUCCUGCAUGAUAAUACACCAUGUCACAAAGCAAAUGUUAUCUCAAACUGGUUUCAUGGACAUGACAAUGAGUUCACAGUUCUUCAGUUGCAUUUCCAGUCAGCAGUUCUGAAUCCAAUAGAACACAUUUGGGAUGUGAUAGAACGGGAGAUUCGCAGCAUGAAUGUGCAGCUGACAAAUCUACAGAAAUUGUGAGAUGCAAUCAUGUCAACAUGGACCAUAAUCUUAAAGGAAUGUUUCCAACAUCUUGUGGAAUCCAUGCCAUGAAGAAUUGAGGCUGUUUUGAGAGCAAAGGGAGGCCCUACCAGUAUUAGUAUUGUGUUCCUAAUAAAGUGCUCAGUGUAAUCAUGUUCUUUAACUUUAAUCUUAAUAUGAUAUUAUUUAUCUCACACAUAAUUUAUUUUGGUUCACCUAUGAAAUGUCUUUGCACAAAUCUUGUUAGAUAUUUUUUGCACAAUCUAUGGCACAUACCAGCACAGUUUAUGCACACUGUGUUAUAUAAUUUAAACUUGAGAGAAUAACCUUAUAACUUAACCUUACGGUCUUGAAAAAUAAAGACUUGAAACUCUUGAAAGUUGUGCAAUUAAGUGGUUUAAAAGUGGUUGAAAAUUCAGUCAUUGUUUACCCACACCUGUUGUUAUAACCCCAUAUUACUUUUUUCUUUUUCUUAACACAAAGGGAGAAAUGUAGAAAUGUUGUGCUCAUUGAUGUCAUAGUCAAGUAAUUUUUAUUUGUAUAGCGCUUUUCUCAACACACAUCUUUUCAAAGCAGCUUUACCAAAAAUUAUACUUUAACAGUAAAUGAAGCUGUAAUAUCUGUAAUGUCUUAAGCCCGUACACACAACAAAGAGACCUCAUCUCAUUAAUUUUCAAUGAGAGCGGGCGACUUUAUGCCAACGAUGAGCGACUCUUAUGAGCGACAACAAAUACUAGGGAAGAGGGUGUUCAGUGGAGGUAAUGUCAUCCGUCUCCUUUGAAAUAAUGGCGUUGAGUGCAGACUAGACAGAGCAGCGUUGUGAUGUUUCUGUGAGAGAUUUUACUGUUCUAUGAUUUGUUUGUAACAACAUACAUGGAUAUAAUACAAAAUGAAGCAUGGUAAAGAAACUGUUGGCAGUCUGAGUGAGUUUGAUUCAUACAUUAAUAGAUCAUUCAUCUUGUAUUAAUGAUACGAUGCAAUGAGAACAGCUUCAGUUCAUAUAAAACUCCCCUGCAGAAUGUGCA